AUGGCACCUUCAUCACUCCGCAUGGGGCUCCUGAGUGGAAUCACAACCAUCCUCUAUGGGUCUAGCAUCGUUGCCGCGAAUGAUCUUUCCAAUGAUUCUGAUCUCUUGAAAUAUGUCGAUCCCCUGAUUGGUACAGCGAAGGGAGGCCAUGUUUUUGCGGGAGCUACUUUGCCAUAUGGAAUGGCCAAAGCAGUAGCAGACACGGCGGGCGAGAAUCAGGCCGGCUUUGCUUAUGACACAGAGGUUGUCACUGGUUUUUCUCACAUGCAUGACGAUGGAACCGGUGGCUCUCCGUCUAUGGGAAACUUUCCUAUAUUUGUUCAAGCGAAUUGCCCACAUGAUGAUCUCAAUCAAUGCAAGUGGCAACAGUCUGAUAGAGCAUCUGCUUGGGACAAAAAAUCUGUUGAGGCUCGCCCGGGAUAUUUCGGCAUCUCACUAGCAAACGGUGUUCAUGCAGAAAUGACAGCGACGAAUCGAUCUGCUCUGUAUCGAUUUAGUUUCACUAAUACCAGUGAGGCACUCAGUCCGUUGAUACUUCUGGAUCUGAUGGAUCUGCCCCAGUCACGGGAAAAUGGAACCGCCAGCGUUGACCCAGAGACCGGUCGUCUCACAGGAAGUGGUGUUUUUGCCCCCAGCUUUGGUAUUGGAACCUACAAGUCCCAUGUUUGCGUCGAUCUCAAAGGAGCCGACCUCCGCGAUACAGGAAUCUGGGCGAAAAACAAAACCAACAGUGCAAGGAAGACGCUGGAACUCGGAAACAAUCUGAAUUCCAGAACUUCAGCUGGCUCAUUUGUCAGACUCAAGGCCCCCAAAGGCGACAACAUUCUUGCUCGCGUUGGAGUUAGUUUCAUCAGUGUUCAGCAAGCAUGCUCUAACGCGGAACGAGAGCAACCCGACUGGGACUUCGAGGGCACCGUUGCCGCAGCCGAAUCCGCCUGGAAGAAGAAGCUGAAUGUUGUAUCCGUGGAUGCAAGUGGUGUGUCAUCUGAUCUUCAAACAAUUUUCUGGAGUGGGUUGUACCGCACAAUGCUCAGCCCGCAGGACUAUACGGGCGAGAACCCCCUAUGGAAAAGCGACGAGCCAUAUUACGACAGCUUCUACUGCAUCUGGGACUCUUUCCGUAGCAUUCAUCCACUGCUGACUUUGGUUGACCCCCAAUCCCAAUCCCUCAUGAUCCGCAGUUUGAUUGACACGUACAGACAUGAAGGGUAUUUGCCCGAUUGUCGCAUGUCACUUUGCAAGGGAAACACACAAGGUGGAUCGAACGCCGAUGUCGUCAUAGCCGAUGGGUAUUUGAAGAAGAUUCCCGGUGUCGAUUGGGAUACUGCAUAUGAGGCUGUUGUAAAGGACGCAGAGGUCGAGCCACCAAAUUGGGACGUUGAAGGCCGCGGUGGCCUUAAGAGCUGGAAGAAUCUCGGCUACAUACCAUACCAAGACCAUGACACAGAUGGGAAGGGUACUCACACAAGAAGUGUCUCGCGGACUGUGGAGUAUGCUUACAACGACUUCUGUAUUGCUGAAAUGGCCCAAGGCAUGGGUCUUAAAGCCGACCAAGAGAAAUACACGAAGCGAUCUGGCAACUGGGCUCACGUUUUCAAAGCAGACCAGAAGUCAAGCAUCAAAGGUGUCGACACUGGGUUUACCGGGUACCUUCAGCCUCGAUUCAUGAACGGCACAUGGGCCUACCAGGACCCGAUCUUCUGCAGUCCACUUCUGAACUUCGACUCUUGCUAUCUUAAUCCUGAUGGCCAUGAGACUUACGAAGGCAGUGCAUGGAUGUACACGUUCUACGCACCCCAUGAUAUGGGAUCUUUGAUCAAGACUCUUGGUGGCGCUGAAGCCUUUACCUCCCGAUUGAGCUAUCUCCACAGCUCCGGACUGCUCUACGUGGGUGACGAGCAAGCAUUCCUACCCGUUUACCAGUUCCACUACGCUGGACGCCCGGGACUUUCGGCGAAUCAAAGUCAUUUCUACAUCCCAUCCCAAUUCAACACGACCGUGAAUGGUCUCGCUGGCAAUGACGACAGCGGAGCCAUGGGAUCCUUCAUCGUUCUAAGCAUGAUGGGUGUCUGGCCUGUAGCCGGGCAAGACGUCUACCUCAUCACUCCGCCAUACUUCAAGGAAGUCAGUAUUCGCAACGAUCUCACCGGCAACGUUUUCACCAUUCGAAACAUCAACUUCGACCCAAGCUAUAAAUCGAUCUUUAUACAAAGGGCUAAGUGGAAUGGCAAGCCUUGGACAAAGAACUGGUUUGCCCAUAAAUUUUUCACGGAGGGUGGUGUGCUUGAACUUGAAUUGGGUCCCAAGGAGAGCGACUGGGGAACUCAUCGCGAGGAUCUUCCUCCUAGUUUGAGCGAAUACGAGUGA